AUGAAUUGCUGUCUAAACCACUGGUCGGCGCUUCUGUUCGCCACCACUGCAUCGCUGGACAGUUGUGACUGCGCGGACACAACUGUCCAGCGAUGCAGUGGUGGCGAACAGAAGCGCCUAACUGUUGGCCUGGAGUUAGUCCAACAAAUCAAGCCUAACCUCCUAUGCAUUGACGAACCGACCAGUGGUUUAGACAGCAAUUCAUCUGAAAUUGUAAUCCAGUGUUUAAAACGCCUGACAGAGAAACACUCGAUGGCAAUCGUGACGUCAAUACAUCAGCCAAACUCACUAAUACUGGCGAUGUUUGACCGGUUGUACGUCCUCUCAAAGGGCGGUCAUUGUGUGUUUGCCGGACCGCCCACUCAGCUCAGGGCACAUCUCAACAGCUGCGGCAUCGAAUGUCCCUCACAUUUUGCCCCAAUUGAACUCAUAUUAAAAAUUGCAUCAAACUUUCCGAAUAAAGCACUGCUGACAAUCAAAUACGACUGGAUGAUGAGCGUGAUGGCCUGCUUGUUUUGUAUGCUAAUAUCCGUAGCGCUCAGCUAUCUAUACGACUUUGAUGUCGGUGAACGCACUGUCUGUGUCGACAACACCCACACCAAUAGCACCCAAUCGACGCACUCGUCCUAUACAUUGGCGGCCAAAGAGGCCGCAGUGACCGAAAACGUGAAGCUCUUGUUUUUUGGCCAGAUUGCCGUCGGCUAUAUGGCAAUGGCCAGCAGUUUACUAGUAUUCCCCGUAGAAGUGCGCGUAUUUCUCAACGAACACCGCAACGGGUGGUACUCAACCGGCGCCUACUAUUGGAGCAAAUCUAUAAUCGAUUUGCCUGUUAUAAUGUUAAUGGCGUUCAUCUAUGCGACCAUGAUUUUUUUCAUCAGCCAUCAGGAAGCUGACGCAUUUCGUUGGGCGUACUAUUCCAUGGUCGUGGUAAUUAAUGAUAUGCAUAUUAUUUAA